AUGUGGUAUUUGGCAAACGAGAAAAAUGGUCGGGUAAUUUAUGUUACUGAAGAAAUCACAGUCGGUCGUAAUGCUGAUCAGCAAGAGUGUUUUGUGAUAGCUGAUGAUCCGUCUAUCAGCAGAAAGCAUGCCACUCUGUAUAAUGUAAAUAACGAAUUAUUUUUACAAGAUCUGGGUUCUAGAUAUGGAACAUUUGUCAAUAAUUCAAGUGACAAAGUUGAAAGCAAGUUGAUGAAACAAUUAAAUGAAGGAGAUCAUAUUAAAUUUGGGAAAAUGUCUAGUGUUUUUAAAGUUCAUUUCAAGUCGUUGGUGACUUGUACUUCUACACUUAAAGGCGAAAAUUUGCAAAAUUUAAGGGAGUGUUUGAGUAGUCUCUCAGGCACACUGAAGAGUGAAUGGGAUGAAUCUUGCAAAUAUCUUACAAUGCCUGCCAUUACUUUGACAAUGAAAGUUGUUUUAGCGCUAGUUCAAGGUGCUCAUAUUGUUACAGUCGAAUUUUGGAAUAAAUGUCUUGACGCUGUGAAGAGUCAGGUAAUGCUUCCGGAUCCUCAUGAUUAUACACCACAGAUUAUUGAAUCCACUCUUAAUAAAGAAAAUGUCACAUUCUUGCCUAACAGCCGAAGACAAACUUUAUUUUCUGAUAAAACUGUAGUGUUUUUUUCAAAACGUCAAUAUGAAAUGUAUAAAACUGUAUUAUCAAAUGCUGCAGCAAAUCCUUUGCUAUUGAGUGAAUGUGCAUUAAAAAAAAUUACCCUAUGUGAAAAGAAUUUUAUUGUUAUACAGUAUAAUAUAACUGCUGCAUCUCAAGAGACUGAAACACAAAAACAUUUGAUUCAAGAAAUAGUAGAUUAUUUGAAGAGUAAAGGAAAAAGAUUGAUAACAGAUGUUGAAAUAGGUUUAGCCGUAUUGUAUUGUUCUACUCAGAAAUAUUGUAACCCAGACUUCCAAUUUCCAACAGAAAUAAUCAAGCAAUCAGAUCAAAAUAUUAAACAAAGCAAAGUAUUGGCUCAAGAAACUCAAGAGCAAAAUCAAAACAUUCAAUCCAAUAGAGAAAAUGUAGUUAUCAAUGAAAGUUUAUCAUCUACUAAUAAUAUAGAAAAUGAAAAAUGCAAAAGCCAAAAACGAAAGGCUUGUGAUGAAAAUGAUAUUCAAGAAAAUUCUCUGAAAAAAAUAGCUAUUAGUAUAUCCAGUCAUGUUGAAGCUUAUAUUGGCACUAAGAGAAAAAAUGAAGAUGAACAUGAGAUUGAAACAAAUCCUACAAAAAAGUUGGCAGUCAGUUCUGAAUCUGGUGAUAGUCAAGCUUUCAAUUUUGUCACUAAAUCAAGUACUCACAAUACUGAGCAACAUGAAGAGAGUACAAAAAGAUUAAAUUUGAUUAAACCACAUAAGCGUAAAUUAGAAUCUGAUGAUAAUGAAGAUUCUUUAUUUCAAUUUGUGCAAAAUAAACCGAAAAUGCCUUAUCACAACAAGUCAAAUAUUUUUGAUAGUAAAAAAGAAAUUGACAGUGUGGAAAUAGAAAGAAAAUCUGAAAUUAUAUCAAACAAAACCAAAUGUACAACAUACAAAAAUGAAGACUUAGCAUCUUUAAGAGGAGCAAAAUUGGAAGAAUUAAUGAAAAAUAAUGAAAAGUUAUUGAAGAAUGAAGAUAUUGAUAUUUCUAAGAAGUUCAUAAAAGAAGAAUUAGAUGAGAGAAUGAGUGAACUCAAUUUGGGUACCACUAUUGUGACAGUUAAAAAGGAAUUGAUUGUUAAAAAGGAACCCGUGUUUGUUGAGGAACAAAAUACUAAAGUAAAAAAUUUCAAAAAGUUUAAGAAGGUGUGGCCUAUUAAAAUGCAAAUAUCUUUAAUUUCUAUGCCAGCAAACAGCUCUAAUGAAAAACACCUUAGUUCAAUGAAUCGUGAACAGAAUUAUGUUAAUGAAACUGCAGAUUAG